AUGUCUCAAGACACGGGGCUGUGGAGCGUCCGCAGGAAAAGAGAGACGCUGGGCGGCCUCAGUACAAAUAGCGGGAUCCCGGCGCCAGGGUCGACGAUGAAGCGCCAGAAUACGGGCCACUCCAGCUACGGCACCGCUCACGGCCGAUCAAUGUCGGGAUCUAGGCACUCCCUGGCAGUGACGCGCCCGAACCAGCCAAUGUUCCAGCGCGCAUCAUCUGGCGCAAACCUGGGCGAUCUUGGCCUGUCCUCCAUCAAGCGAACAUCCUUUCAACAGCCCAGAGCGACCUAUAAUCCGGCUGCUUUUACGCCGCUGGCCGCGAGGCCCUCAACAGACAGCGACAGACGGAGCAGCGUGUAUCGUCCACGGCAAUCUACAGUCGGCCCCGUAAGCCACCAGAGCUUCUUCCAAACUACACCCCAGGCAGCCGGCGUCCCUCGCGAUCCGCGGCCACUGAGAGACCGAUCCUUCCAAGCCCGAAUCGCCCAGGAGCUGAUGGACUACAUGGUGCAAAACAACUUUGAGAUGGAGAUGAAGCAUUCGUUAUCGCAAAACAUUCUCAAGUCACCGACGCAAAAAGACUUCAACUUCAUGUUCCAGUGGCUUUACCAUCGAAUCGACCCCAGCCACAAGUUCCAGAAGAAUAUCGAUCAAGAGGUACCGCCCAUUCUUAAGCAGCUUCGAUACCCGUUUGAGCGCAGCAUCACAAAAAGUCAGAUUGCAGCCGUGGGCGGCCAGAAUUGGAGUACUUUUCUUGGUCUGCUGCAUUGGAUGAUGCAAUUGACCCAGAUGCUCGAUGGCUACGCCAGCAACCAGUAUAUGGAUGCUUGCCUCGACGCCGGCGUCGAUGUAAGCGGCGAUCAGAUAAUCUUCAACUUUCUUAGCAGUGCAUACCGAGACUGGCUAGCUAUGGAUGACGACAUGGGUGAUGAAGAUGCCGAACGACUAUUGGCCCCCCACGUUGAAGCCAUGGCAAGGGCGUUUGAGGAGUCCAACGCAAAGUACGCGGCCGAGCUUGGGAUGCUUGAGGCAGAGAACGAGAGACUGUUGAAGGAAAUAGAAGACCUUGAAAAGUCAACCCCAGACCCUGCCGUCUUGGAUAACCAUUUCAAAAUCAUGGAAGAAGACCGUGUCAAGUUUGAAGACUACAACGAGCUUGCCAUCCAGCGAUCAGAAAAAUACGAGGCGCGCAUCCAAGUUUUACAAGACGAGCUAGAGAAAGUUGUGGAAGAGCUAAAAGAAGCGGACGAGGAGCGACGGGGACUUCAAAGAGCUGUUGACGACCAAGGCAUUAGCAUGCAGGAUAUCGACCGCAUGACUUCUGAACGGGAACGUCUGCAAAGGGGCAUCGAGUCGGCUGGACAGCGCUUGGAGGAGAUUAAGAAAAAGGUCAUGGAAAAGGAGGCAGAGGCCAGCCGAAGGCUUGAUGAGCUGGAGCGCGUGGUCGACAAGUACAACACCAUUGCCUACCAAAUAGCUCUCAUCCCAGCUACCGCAGCCAAUGCUAAGGGCAGAGAAUAUGAGCUGCAGGUCACGCUGAAUGAGAACGAGAUGAAUUCGUCCAAUUGGAAAAGCUCGAGCACAACACAUACCCCCGCGACAGACCGACUACUGGUUGAUGCCACAACGGGCUAUCAACCAGGACACGUCCUUAACCUGGAUCUGAGGGGCCAAAUCCGAAGCAGUUUCAUAUCUUUGCGGAAGGAGAUUGCAGAGCGUCGAAGUGCUGUCAUGGACGAUAUGAUGAAAGACCACGAGCUCUUGGAUGGUAUUAAGGAGGCCAUCGAGGACAAGCGGAAUGAGGUUGAAGCCUUGAAUCACAGAGUCAGGGCCGCUGAAGAGGAAUACGAAAAGACAAAGGAGGUUGCGACAGCUCAGAAGAUGGGAUCUGACGCACAAAUCGAAAAGAUGGAAAAAGAGCUAUCCAGGAUGCGCGCCGGCUUGACCGAGUCCGUGCAGUUGCUAGAGCAGCGCGAGAUUAACACCACCAUAGAAUACGAGCAGCUUGUAUUACGGGCCAACUCAUUACGAGAAGAGCUACACACAGAGAUUGAUCGUAUGCUGAACGACGUGAUCAAGUUCAAGAUUCACGUGCAAAAGAGCUUGGACGACUACGAGGGCUUUGUGGCUGAUGAGCUGGAAAAGGAGCUGGGAGGCGACGAGAUGCAGGACGAAACUCGGACACUUCCCGAUAUAUAA